AAGUGUGAGACCAUGGUGGUGAAUCUCUGCCUGCCACAUUUCAAGACCACCAUCCAGUGUGACAAGGUACAAAACAUUUUAGAUUGCAUUAGAAUUGUAUGGACCGGAGCUGACAUUAUCCCCCCCUCCAUUGAUCGUUUUCUAGCGUUGGUUCAAUGUGUCGGCUAACAAUCUGAACAAAGGUUGUAUGCUCAGUCAAAGUAAAAGCAAAUGGCGGGGGGAAAUGCUUCUAAAUAAAACAUCUAAAAUGAGCAUUCUUAUUGGAAAAGUUCAGAUACUCGCUUUCCUCCUCCUCCCCAGCUAAAAAAGCCACUUUUCCUUUUUGUCUCGUCUCAACCCCUUGUCCUUCUGUAAUACAUCUGUGGUAAUAUUCUGUCCUCUGGGUGUUAUGGAGAGGAGGAGGAGAAAGAGCCAAGGUGAGAGAUGUGUGCUAGAAUGAGAGGAAGAGGUUGGCGGGGGAGGAUGGUCGGAAGGAGAGGGGCAAGUUGCUGUGUGGGAGGUUGAAUCACAGCUGACCUUGCUAUGUUCCUCUCUUUGUAUUAUAGGCUGUUUGAUACUCGCUUGGCUAGGCCUUAUUCUUGUUCUGGGAGUGAAUCUUCAACUUUUUCACUCUCCUCUUUUAUCUCUCUCUCUAUCCUUUCAUUCUCCACCUCCUUUUUGCCCUUCCUGUCUCCUCUUUACCUUACCUCACUUUCAUAACUUCUCUCUUCAACCCUACCGCCCUCUCUCCUCCUCCUCCUUUCCAUCCCUCUCCCCUUCCUCACUCUUCACCCCUCUCUCUCCUCUCUUCUUUUCCCUCUUUCCCUCAUCUAGCUGUGUGCAGAUGGGUAUGACGUCACCAACCUCCUAUCGGCCGACCCAGCAGUCCGGAGGCGGGGUUUUAAGCUGGAGUACUUCCUUCGGCCACCCGUUCAGGUGAGCUGACGCUCUAGAAUAUUUAGAGAUGAAUCUUAUGACAUCACUGUCCUAUUCUUCAUCUCUUUCUAGAGAAGUGGUCAUUUUGGGCAGGUGUCUGUCUGUCUAAUCUUCCCUUUAUCUGACCCUAGGUUACACUGCAGUUUGGUUUCCAGGUCGAAGUGUGUCGGGUGGAUGUGGAACUGUGGCCCUGGGGGAUGGACCGAGGACAGGCCUGCAAGAGGCUGGAGAUCAGCACCAGCUCUGAUCCCCCACUCCCUCACAACCACAGCCUAGAGCAGGGCCAAAGUCAGGCCCAACCAGGCCAAGACAAGGGCCAGCAAUGGGACCAAGCCAAGGCCCAAUUCAAGGGCCACCAAUGGAGCCUCCAGGCCCAACAAUGGAGCCUACAAGGCCAGGAGAAGAGUCAGCAAUGGACCCAACGUGGCCAAACUCAGAGUCACACAGACACCAGCCAGGGGGAUUUCCGCCUAGUGGGACGCUGUGAACUAAGAGAAGAGAUCCAUGUCAGUUUCUCCCAUCCCUGUUUCCGCCCGCGCCCUCCCUUCCCCUCCCUGCCACCGCCUCCCCGAGAGGGGUGUAGACAAGAGGAGCUGUGGAGCAGGGGCCCGCUCUCACUAGGCUCUGUGAAGCAGCUCCGUGUGUCAGUGCCGUACGGUGCGGGUGCCUCCGCGAUGGGGCUCAAGGCACUGGCAGUGUGGGGGAUGCCUUCUCGCUGCUGCCCUCCAGAGGAGGUGGAGAGGGUGAGGAUAGCACAUGAGAACGCUAGCCUGAGACCAGCGCCACAGCUUAGCCACUUGGCAUCAGCGCAGACUUCCCCUGUCAUUCAACCACAGCCGCUGUCACAGACGACAACACCAACGAGGUAUAGUGUGUAUAAAACAUGACUGUUUUCAACACAAUAUAUGAUGCAAGGUGAAUUGUAAUUCUGUUCAUGAAGCCAAAGGCAAAACCUUCAUCUCUGGGACGAUAAUAAUGUUCUGUAUUUUUCUCGAUUUCCCCCCCCCCCCCCCACCCCCAGCCUCCUGCAGGUCCCUGAGGAGUUCCUGGACCCCCUGACCCAGGAAGUGAUGUUGCUGCCUAUGCUGCUGCCCAGCGGAGUGUCUGUGGACAGCUCCACUCUGGAGGAGUACCAGAGGAGGGAGGCAACCUGGGGUCGUGUCCCCAACGACCCCUUCACCGGUGUUCCCUUCAUCCCUGAGGCACAGGCCCUCCCCAACCCCCACCUGAAGAGCCGCAUCGACCGCUUCCUGCUUCAGACAGGGUUAGAGGUCAGGGAGGGGAUGGUGGGGAGGCAGGUCCAGGGGGAGAAUCCGCACACCUCCAGACUCAUACCCCCACAGAGGACAGGGGACAGUGGGGCCCCUGCAGUCACUAAUGCUGCUGCUGCUAUAGAGUCAGCCAACCACCAGGGUGCACUUAGCAGAAACAGUGGGACUCUCACACAGACUACUCAAAAACGGGCAGAAAGUGUUAAUACAGAGAGGAGCCUCUCUACGCAGCACAGGGGAACCGGGGCUUUUAACAACAGGGUGAAGAAUGGGAAUGGGAAGGACCGGUGUGCUGGUAAAGUUGGUCGUAAAGAAGGGGUAGUGGAUAGAGUGAGUUCCCAGGAUGGAGGGCCAGAUUUGGGGACUAGGAGGAAGAGAGAGCUGGAGGUUUGGGCCACUCUGAUCCGCUCUAAGGGAAAGGGUGAGCCCACCGCAGCCAAAGCAGCCUCUGCUAGCGCUGGUCACGCCAAGGAGCUACUUCCUGACUCGAAAAGACUAAGAACAGACACAAACUCCACUAUCUCCACAGGUAAGUGGUGAACUGGUGUAGACAAUUCAAAAAGCGUGAGAGCAAAACAUCAAGGCAUUCAUUCUCUUGUUAGUUCAAAGGCCUUUAUUGAAGGUUGGCUCUAUCAAAUAUUUGAAUGUGUCACUCAUUAGUGUUUCUGUGUUAUUCCUUUUGUUCCAGCCACAGUUCCCAGCGGUAGCUCCCAUGAGCAGCGUUUGUCUGCCAGUCUAGACCAUGAGCAGCGUUCGUCUGCCAGUCUAGACCAUGAGCAGCGUUCGUCUGCCAGUCUAGACCAUGAGCAGCGUUUGUCUGCCAGUCUAGACCAUGAGCAGCGUUCGUCUGCCAGUCUAGACCAUGAGCAGCGUUUGUCUGCCAGUCUAGACCAGGCCCUUCUCUCAGCUCUGCAGGGUCGACCCUCCUUUACCUCCUACACCUCCCAAACCCCCCAGGUCCAACACAAACACACAGACACACCUGCUGACACCCCAACAGGUAGGCGCAGCGGCUAGUGGCUUGUAUGAUAUGGCUCAAAUGUACCUUUCCUUGGAGUAAUCACUGAUCUGACAAGGAAAAACAAUUGAGGGGAAUUCUGGUUUUUCUCUUCUCCAUUUCCUUCCAGAUAAGUGAUUACUUCAAGUAAGAUAGAAAGGCUGUAAUGCUUUUAUAAGGUUUUCCAUCAACUUCAGGGUUGAGAGUACGAAUGAAUGACGGGGAAAAGUAUUGAGUUGACUAGUCAUUAGUUGAACAAGUUAGAUGGUCAAGUAGUGGGAUGUUGCCUAGUUACCAGGGAGAAAGACACUGUCAACAUAGAUAGGCUGUCCAAGGGCAGGCCUUUCAGGCCCACUACACUGUACCAAGGUCUUUCAGUGCAUUAUGUUCACCUACAGUAUGUGUGCAGAGAUGGAUCUUUCUUUCUUUAUACUGCAUCCUCCGCGACUUGCCAUACAAACUUUCUUUCCAUUGCUGUAAUUCCUGUAGUUUGUUGAAAGUCUUUUUUCAAUAACGUUUCAGUUGUUGGAGAGUGAAUACAGUGGUCUGUCAGAGAGAAAAUACAAUUUAAAACUGUGAACAGAUCAUCUCAGUCAAGGUGUACAUACUGCUCAAUACAUGUGUUCUCUUUCUCUCCUUCAACCUUUCGCUCUUUCUCACCCUCUAUAGCGUUUCCUAUUUCUCUCCUUCCCCCCCUUCUCUCUCCCCUUCCCUAUCUCUCUCUCCCAGGUGAGAACAGGUGUGGUUCUUGUUCCUGCUCUCUGUCCGUCUACUCGACCUCUCCGUCAGCGUACCGCCUGCCCUGUGGUCACUUCCUGUGCCGCCCCUGCCUACACAGGAAGCCCCGCCCACUUGUCACCACAGCAAUGCCCAAUCACAUCCUAUGUCCCACCUGCAAUAGCCCUGCCUCUUCCAGUGACAUCACACGCGUGCAUCACUGA